AUGCGCGCCUCAUUCUCUCCCUUCAUCCCUCUUUCGCUCCUCCUCACCAUAUUCUCCUCUCUUGCGGCAUCGACCCCCACCGCUCCACUCCUUCCCCGCGCCUCGGGAUCAGCAUCCUGCCUUUGGGAAUGUCCAUCGGCGAACAAUAACGGCGUCACACUGUAUAGCAGUUCUGAUCCGAACGGAGCAUCUUGGGUUCUGUGCGAGUAUGGCACUCCUCCGAACUACGACACAUGCCAGUAUGCGGAGUCUGGGCAGUUCGCCGGUAUCUUAUGGACCGGUUCCAGUGCCUGCCCCGACAGCGCAGUCCAUGUCUGCCCAACCAAGAAGCGGUCGGCGCUCGAUGAUAUUGUCCGGGCGAGGUCGGAAAACAUCGUCUCCAAGCGCCGUAGGCUAGAGGAGAAGGCGUGA